CUCUACCAAACUGAGGCUUAGGGCAAAUCAUUUCAGCCUUCGCCUCCGUAUCUAUUCUCGUUCUCAACUCUGUACUUGCCCUCUCUCUCUCUCUCUCUCUGUGCAACUGCAAACUACACAAUCUACAUUUCAAAUUGUUCAAAAAAUCAAAACCCAUAUCGGCAUAUCAUUUCAGAUUGUUCAAAAAAUCAAAACCCAUAUCAUGGAAGAUGAUAAGCCAACAACGUUAGCAUGCACGGUGGUAGCCAUAGAUCACACCAACUUCUGUUAUAGAGUGUGCUCCAUUUGCGAGAGGACCCUCCCCGAAAACAACAGCACUUCUUCUUCUCUCUGCAGAUACUGCAAUUUCAACAAUGCCUUCAAGUCUGGUUCAUCCUCUUCCAAACGCCUCUUUCGUGUCCUCAUGUCUAUUGCUACGGAUACAAAGGUGUUUGUGGUGAUAUGCUUUGACAGGGUUGCUAGGGUUCUGUUUGGUUGCUCUGCUGAUGAGUUCUUUGACUUUGCCAAGAUUCAUCCUUUUGCUGCUGUGAAUUUGGAUAAAGUUCUGGAGGGAGAGAUGUUGAGAGUGACACUGUCGAAACCGAAAAAUGGAAAUGCCCAGCAUCUGCGGGCCAUCUCAGUUGUUCCUAUCCGGUCUGGUUUUCGUCCAGCAAUCGAGACCUUGAGAGAGUUGUAUGGAUCAAGAACUGGAACUGGUUCCUAACUGAAUCGUCUCAGUUAUACUUGUUCGUGUGCAAUCUAGUUUAUGUCCGGUGUUGCGUGGGGCAAAAUCUGGUUCCUAACUGGUCUUCUUCAUGAUUGUAUAUAUCAAUCGCUUGGGUUCCAAAGCAGAGUUAUGAUUUGAUUUUAUUGUCUUACAGAGAUAACCAAGAACAAUUUGUUUAUGUUUGAAUGCUGCUGCAUCUCAGAAUUUAGAAUGGGAUGGCGAAAAGUAUAAGAAGGCUUCAUUUUGCCAAGUUU